AUGGAUUCAGAUUCUGACGAAACCUUAUCCGAUGAAAAUGAAAGUUCAAUUAGUUUUGAUGAACUUGAAAGUAGUGGUUCCGAAGAUAAUGUUUCAUUAAUCGAAGAACUCAACCAAAGUUCAAUGGAUGAUUGGGAAUGGAAAGUUGACAACUCAAGUUUUUCUACUUCUUUCAAUUAUUUUGAUGGACAUGCAUUAGGAAACAAUAUAAUUCGACCAAUAGAUUCAUUUUUCAAGUUUUUAUCCCAAGAUUUGAUCAAAUUAAUUACUAAUCAAACCAACAUUUAUGGCAAACAACGUUGUGUUCAAAAAGGUGAAGAUGCAACAAGUUGGAAAGAAGUUGAUGAAAAUCUAAUACAUGCAUUUCUCGCUACUGGUACAAUUCGUUCCGAUAGAAAACAUUUUCCAACUGAAUUGAAGAAAGGAGAAAAACUUGAGAGAGGCGAUUAUCGAUAUCUAACAUCCAAUGGAGUUUCUGUAAUAAAAUGGAUGGACAAGAAAGAAGUUCUUAUUGCAUCAAACUACUUUGAUCGUGCAGUUGAGGGUGAAGUUAGUCGACGAGAUAAAGAUGGAACAUGUCGUUGGUAA